UGUUGACAAACAUGUAUUGAACUGUCAAAGAUGAUUUGUAAGAGCAUAUUUAAACAAAAUUUUAUAGUAUUAUGUCUUAAAACAGCGCAAUUUGUGCAUUUUAUUAACGUCUCAUCGUGUAUUUUUAAACCACUAUAAUUUUAAGUUAGACUGUAGCCGAGAUAAUGGCUCUUAAGACUUCUACGCACUCCAUUCCCGAGGAUAUUUUGGAUGAUCUCAGUAGCAGAUUUAUAAUAAACGUACCAGAAGAAGAAAGAAACAAUUUAAUUCGUAUUUGCUUUCAAAUAGAAUUAGCACAUUGGUUUUACUUGGAUUUUUAUUGUACAGACGAAGAAACAAAAUUAUUAGCCUGUGGGUUGAGGCAAUUUGCAGCCCAUAUAUUUAAGCACAUACCAUUUCUUCAAUGCCAUCAUGCAAACUUAGAUGCCGUGUUAGAUUCAUGGCGAGAGUAUAAACUAUCUGUUCCAACUUAUGGUGCUAUCUUACUGAGUGAAAAUUAUUCACAUGUAUUAUUAGUACAAUCCUAUUUAGCAAAAAGUUCUUGGGGUUUUCCAAAAGGAAAAGUAAAUGAAGAUGAAGACCCUUCCCACUGUGCUAUAAGAGAGGUGCUUGAAGAAACAGGAUUUGACAUUUCAAAACUAAUAAAUGAGGACGAAUAUAUAGAAACAGUUGUACAUGAUCAAUUUGUCAGAUUAUAUAUAAUAGGAAAUAUAUCAAGAAAUACAAAAUUUCAGCCUAGGACUCGUAAUGAAAUCAAGUCUUGUGAAUGGUUUCCUUUAAGUGAUUUGCCAUCUAAUAAAAAAGACAUGACGCCAAAAAUAAAAAUGGGUGUAAGUGCAAAUUCAUUUUUUAUGAUUCUUCCAUUUAUCAAAAGAAUUAAAAAGUGGGUGUUUGAUAAAACACAAAAGAAAGCACAAAACUGCAAAAGACAUCGUCACAAAUCUAUGGGUGAUUUUGAUGUUCUAGCAAAUAAAAUAAAAACUGGAACAAGUUCCAAUGAUAAUGAUAUUACUGUUCCAUUAAAAAAUUUAUCAAUCAAAAAAGAUAAAAAUGCUAAACCAAAUUUCAAGAGACAAUUAUUCAACAAUAAUCAAACAAUUUUAGUUCAAGAAAUAAUCUCACCGUUGUGGUUGAAUUUUAAAUUUAAUAAGCAAGCUAUAUUAGAUUCCAUAUAUUGAUUUAAUAUAUAAUUUCUUUUUAAAUAAAUUUAGAAA